UGUGGAGCUUAUGGUUAAGUUAUCUUAUCUCAGAAUAAAUAGUGCCAAAUAAAAGAGAUCAAGAAUUCCAGGCUUUGAACUCUGAACAUCGUUGUCCUCGCUGCCGGAUACAGCGAGCAGCUAUGUUUUUCUCAUUUCGUCGUCUUUACUCGACGCUUCCAGAGGCAGCGGCUGCUGCUCGUACCGCAUCGACUCCUCGAGCCGUCCGCCUACGGCGAGCUCGAAAGCAACCACCACCAGCAGCGUCAGAGAGCCCUCUUGCUUCGGACGCCACUCCAGAUGGCUUGACCCCCACCGAAUAUGUUCGUUACCAGCGACAACUCGCUAAGGCCGAACUAAUGGGCCCCGACGGGCGAGAUCUCACGGAAGGAGAGUGGUUGGAGAAACUUGAUGAACGACGGAGCAGAAUACGAGGUGUCCGUGAAGUCACGACCAAGGACGGCGAGAAGGAGGUCAAAGUUGUAGCUCAAAAAAUCUACUUGCCGAAUAUCAUCUUCCGUCUCGUCCGCAACCACACCCUGGCUGGUCAACCAUACAACCCUUACGAAGCCACUUUUCGUAUCCCACAAAGCGUGACUAAAACCGAUAUUCGGUCAUACUUGUUGGCGGUGUACGGUGUCAAGACCACGUACAUUCGUACAGACAACUACCUUGCACCCAUACCCACUAUGGGCCGGUCGAAGAGGAAGCAUAAAACUUACAAGCGUGCGGUAGUUGGUCUCGUUGACCCUUUCUACUAUCCUCAAGCUUUGGAAGACAUGUCCACUGCGGAACGUGACGAGAGGAAGAAUUGGUUAGAGGAAAACUUCAGAAUCGAGGAAAGUAGACGUCUGCGCGUCACUGAGAUCCUCCGUAUGUCGAGGAACACCAAGGGUUGGAAGGUCAAGCCGGACGUUUCGACCGGAAGGGGGAACAUUUUGCGGAGAAUUAUGGCUGCUAGAGCGAGGAGAGAGGGUGAGAUCGAGGAGACGAAGGAGAAGUUUAGAGAGUUCAGAGCGAAGAAGGUGGAAAGUAUUCCUGCUCGUUCAGAGUCUACAUCUUCAGUACCUGCCUCGUCAUAACGGGUUGAUAUGCUACCUUCUCAUUUCCUUCCCAUAUAACUAAUCGAAGCAAUUCACCGCUCCCAGUCUAUUUCACAGUCCAAAACUAAUACAGGCGUGUAUCUAGCUUUUAUCUGGAGCCAGGGAACAUCAUACAGCACCAGUAAAUGAGUGGCUUCGAGGUUAGAAAACUAUGGAUGAGAUAAUUACGGCAGGGGGAAAAAA